UCAGUGUCAGUUAUGUUAUGAUUUUUGAUGACGACCCGGACAUACUCAGAUUGUCAGAUUUAUCGAUUUAUGUUUAUGUUUAAAAUUUAAAGUUUUUUAAUUCUGAGGCUGAGAAAAUAGGUAUAGGUAGUGAAAAUACUAAGUUUUAUAAUAAUAUAUUAUAUUAAUUUCUGUUAAAUGGAACAAGAAAUAAAAAAUGAAUUUUAUGCUACUUCCCCUGAAAUAAAAAGGGAAUGUGAUGAAAUUCCCAAUUUGACUAUAAAAUCUGAAAUCAAAGAAGAGGUUCCAGACUUAUAUUUUUGUAAUGAUGAUAAUUAUGAAAGUCAAAUAAAAACGGAACUAUGCGUUGAAGAUGUGAAAGUUGAACAAAAUCCAAUUGACAAUGUUAAUAUGAUGGAGGAAAAUCCCAGAAGUCACUGUGAGCUUUCCCAGAUGAAAUUACUGAAGAUGGAAGUUGUGAAAAGGAUUCCUGAGGAAUCAUGUAAUAAAAAACAAGAAAUAAGUGUGAACUUUGAAGAAACAACAAUAAAAAAUCCUGUUUGUGCUAAAUAUUUCACUCACAAAAAUAAUUUAAAGAAACAUACGAAAGAUCGGAUUGGAGAAAAACGCUACAAAUGUGAAACGUGUUUUAAGCUGUUUACUACAGGAGCAAAAUUGAAACUUCAUUUAAGAGUGCAUACUGGUGAAAAGCCUUACAUGUGUGAAAUUUGUUUGAAGCAAUUUGCUGAAGUAUCUAAUAUGAAGCAACAUAUGAGAGUGCACACUGGGGAGACGCCAUACAAGUGCGAAAUGUGUUUGAAGCAGUUUAAAAUGUCAGCAAGUUUAAAAAGACACUCGAAACUGCACACUGGAGAAAAGCCUUAUAAGUGUGAAAUUUGUUUUAAGCAUUUUAUCGAGUCAGGAACUUUAAAAAGGCACUUAAGACUGCACUCUGGAGAAAGGCCUUACAAAUGUGAAAUUUGUCUUAAGCAAUUUAAUCAAGCAUAUGAUUUGAAAAAUCACUCAAGAGUGCACACUGGCGAGACGCCUUACAAGUGUGAAAUUUGUUUUAAGCAAUUUAUUGAGUCAGGAAGUUUAAAAAAGCACUUGAGACUGCACACUGGAGAAAGGCCUUACAAGUGUGAAAUUUGUUUUAAGCAAUUUAGUGAAUCAGGUAACUUGAAACUACACAUGAGAGUGCACACUGGAGAAAAGCCAUACAAGUGCGAAAUUUGUUUUAAACAGUUUUUUGAAGCAUGUAAGUUGAAAAUACAUAGGGAAACACAUAUUGGAGAAAAGCGUUACAAAUGUGAAAUGUGUGUUAAGCAGUUUACCACAGCACAACAUUUGACACUUCAUAUAAGAACACACACAGGAGUAAAACCACAUAAGUGUGAAAUUUGUUUAAAGCAGUUUGCUGAAUUAUCUAAAAUGAAACAACAUAUGAGAGUGCACAAUGGGAAGAAACCAUACAAGUGCGAAAUUUGUUUUAAGCAGUUUCCUUACAAAAGCAAUUUGGCUGUACAUACUAAAGUUCACACUAGAGAAAAACAUUCGUCAUCAUCAUCGCUGGUGCUACAAGUCUAGUUUAGCCUAGUUUCCCCAGUAUAUUUCGCCAGUCGUUUCUGUUCACCGCCAACCGUUGCCAAUUUGCUGAGCCGAUCUUCCUUUCGAUUAGAACUAGCUAGGUGGACAAAAUUAUUUUUCAUCGUAUUUACAUUUGUAUCGAGCAAUAAUAGACCUAAUUUGAUAAUAAAAUAAAUCAUUUGUAUUAGUAAAAAAUUGAAUCAAAGAAGUCUAGAAGCCUAGAAAAUAAAUAAAAGAAUUAAAAACAAAAGUUUUUCUAUAUUUAAUACAUUAGAAAUACAAAUAAUACAUUAUAAAUACAAUAAAUAAAUAUUCGUAUGAUUGUGAAGUAGACUUGGCAGAGGUUGAGACUACUGUAGGAGCUAUAAUCAACUUUAAAACCUCUGGGUACAAUUGACCAGCUUUUUUAGAAUUUCUCUGAGGCUGUUUAUCAGUGGAUCAGAUGUUAUGAUCAACAGUGAAAGUAAGUCUUUAGUCGUGGCAAUACGUGAACAGUUUCUGGUGUAUUGCUCCCGGAACUUGCGGCAAUCUUUGUUCCUUACUUCAUGAGCUUCUUUUGAAAGCGGUCCAAGUGGAACUAAUGCUGAUUUGAUUACUUUCAUACUAUGUAUAAGUAUUUUAUGUACAGUGGCUUUCAGUACCAUGAAAUGGCUCUUAUGGCUAUGACAAAGUUCUCUGCAUUCAAGACAGAAAUUUUCAAAUCUCUAAAAAAAACUGUUGUGCUCAAGUGUGUUGGUUAUAAUAAGUUUUAUUAUUAAUGGAAAAGGUGCAGAUAUUACAUAUAGCAAAUUUAGCCCUGGUACAAAAGGGUACAAGUCAUUGCCAUCAUUUGAAAGUUUCAAAACGAAGAAAAUUUCCUUCAUUCAUCAUACAAACUUUUUUUAAUAUUGUUUGUUUAUCAGAUAGAUUUUAUUAAAUUAGAAAAAAUUAGCAUAAAAAUUAUCCAUCUUUAACAAUUAAUCUGAAUAAAUUAAGGAAAACUUUAAUUUCGUGUGAUUGAAAUGAUGUACGGAACUCAACUGAUUUAUUCUAUUACAACAAAAAUACGUACCCUUGGACGCUAUUACUAAAAAAAUAUGAUGUGCAAGCGUGUGCAGGUUUUAAUAAGUCUUAUUAUUAAUGGAAAAGGUGCAGCUAUGACAUAUAUAAAAUUUAGCCCGGGUAUAAAAGUGUACAAAUAAUUGCCACCCUUCCAAAGUUUCAAAACGAAGAAAUUUCCUUCGUUCAUCAUACAAACUUUUUUUUAAUGUUUGUUUAUCAGAUAGAUUUGUUACGUUAGAAAAAAAAAUAGCACUUGAAUAUUGAAUACUUGAAUAAGUGUACUUGAAGUGAUGUACGGAAUUCAACUGAUUUGUUCUAUUACUAUGAGAAUGCGUACUUUUGGGAUCAACGGCGGGAUGUAAUAGACAUAAACAAAUAUUUGAGUACCAUGUUGUGAAGUAUUGUUUACACUAUUCACAUAACAAUUCUUUUAAUUUUGAACAUGACGUGAAACAGCACUAAAGUCGUUUUCGUGAAAAUUGCACUUAGACGGUUUUGCUUCUAAUCCCUUCAAUUGUAAAAGUAUAUUUAUAAAUUAAUAAUACUCCAUUCAUUCACAAUAUUCAGAAGUUAAACAUUGUUAAAUUUUAAGGUUGUCCAAAAUAGCUCAAAAUGUUCAAUCCCAAACUAUUUUGCACAAGCUAAUUGGAUUUGCCGAAAUUUCUGAAUAUUUGUUAGUUUUCGUCCCAGACAUUGAAAUAUUCAAAACCUCAACUUCGUAUAUAUUUAGUCAUAAGCACGACAGCACUUCUAACAUUGACUGGCGUGGGCUAUAAACGCUUGUAGUCGUCCGUACUAAUUGUCCCGAGAUGUAAGUGUGCAGGAUUGUUGUGAUAAGAUAAUAAGCUAUGUUAUUGGAUUCUUCUUUUUCUUAAAAGCCUAUCCUACACUUUAAUGUCAGUAGCUCGUAUCUCAUUAUGUUUUAGUUUUGUUUAUUACUACACCAUGACUACACCCAUUUAGAGACCGACCGAUUAAUAGAUAUCGGCUUCGGCCACCUUCGGCCAAUAUUUAAACCUUCGGCCAAAACGAAGUCGAAGGUGGGAUGAAACGAUGAAAUAUAAAACGAGUUCGCCGCCAAAACCACAUGCAGUUGCAAUUCCCCUAUAAUCUCGAGAUACUAGGCUAGGCUUAAUGAACGAUAUUUAACUCUGCUGAGCAACUUUACGCUGAUAGAAGAGCUAAUUUUUUAGGAGAAAACUCGUGACAAGCGUCUUUUUCUUACUUAUAAUAUUAGGAUGUUUUAUUUCGGAUAUUAGCUACCAAAUAAUCAGAAAUCUCAUACUUUACUAAUUUUAGUGUAUUUUAAUGUUAUUUAUUUUUGUUAUUGCUUCUAUUACCAAAGAAUGCAUAAAUGUUUGACUUUUUAUCUUAAUUCUCGUAUUAUAUCACCUGUCAGAUAAUAAAAAUAUAAUUCACAUGA